AUGGCAUUUCAAACAAUCACCAUCACUUACACCGACGGCAAAUAUCUGUCUCUAGUCGACGCAGCCUCGCGUACCCCCCUGUACCAUGUCAAGGUUUGCCGUCAAGUGCCGCAGAUGGAAAUGAUUCGCUUGAAUCCAGCCCCAAGCGACGAUACCGACCAAGCGUUCCCUCAGGAUGAGAGCGCCUACUUCGAACGCCGGGUCUACACGGCAACGUUCAAGAUGACAAGCCUCGACGUCCAACUUCAGAUUCGCGAGCACCGGGAGGUCUUGCUCAGCAGGAAAAGUAUCCUUUCCACCAGCUACUCAUUCGCGUCACCAGCAAUGUCUGCUGCAAAUACCAGAAGCUCCUCGUCAUCUCCACCAUCAUCGCUGAUCCUCACAUGGGAAGCCGACCCGACGGGCAACCUGGGAGACUUUCGACUUGUUAAUGAGGCUGAGAAUGAAUCGGAUAAAAGGGUGCUGGCUCGCUUUCGAAACAAGGCGUUUUCCAAUGAGCAAGUGGGCACAUUUGAAGUAGUCGCUGGUCUCGAUCAAUUUGUCAAGGACGAAGCGGUGAUUUCCGGACUGGCCAUGCUGUCGAUGGUGCAGAGCAUCAAUCUGGCUGGCAUGGUCAUGCUCGGUGGGAGUUGA